AUGCUGUGUGGGAAGGGGAGGCGAAGGGUCCCAUGGAGGCUCUUGGGAGCCUCUUGGCUCCUCGGCUUCGGUGUGCUGGGCUUGGCGGCUUCUGGGCCGCCCUGGUGGAGGAAGGGGCGGCCGAGGACAACGCACCGAAGCUUUGCGGAGGUGGAGCUGCUGUCUCGUUUGGCGCAGCUCUUGAUGCCAGGGGAGCCCAUCGGGGAGCUCUUCCGCGACUUUCCUGUGGAGCCCUCCGAUUCGUGGGGGUCGCGGUGGCUGUGCCCCGACAUUACAGCUUUUGGAGUGUUGAAGCAAGAGGACGCAGCUUUGUUCGUCGAGUACGACGGGUAUCAUGGACAUUACGAUGCUCGAGGGCUGGAAGCGGAUGAGCGGAAGACGAUCGCUCUGCUCGCGUAUGCACCCAAGGGCUCUUACGUCUUGCGUCUAGGCCAUGCUGCUCGGGACAUGCCAAGGACGAAGAAUUCGAUGGAAGUCGUGGUAGGCACGUGGUCUGCAGGCAAAGAGCGGACAUUGAUGCAUGUUGUUCGACAAGUUUCGCAGGCUCUGCUCGGCAGUUGGGGAAACGUACUUCGAAAGGAUGUGUGCGAGCAUCUGCAGAGUUUUCGGUCAACCGAAGCUUCACCAGACCUACAUCUUGCGUGCAAGUAUACAGGUGAGGCAGUGCUCACCAGUGCUGUCGAAAUCAGGAAGACCAAUGUGAUUGCAUUUCUGGAAGAGAAGCUGCAGUUUUCAGAAGUUGGAAUCAGCAGAUUGGCAAGCAGGUCUCAAAAGAUCUGGGGCAUGAGUAUCGAGAGCAAUCUGAAACCCAAAGUGGCCUGGCUCGAGGAUGUUGGGCUGAGCCGAAGACAGGUGGCGAAAGUCGUUGCUGUCUUUCCUCAAGUGUUGGGCUGCAGCACCGAGGGCAAUCUGAAACCCACAGUGGCCUGGCUCGAGGAUGUUGGGCUGAGCCGGACACAGGUGGCCAAAGUCGUUGCUGGCAGCCCUCAAGUCUUGGGCUGCAGCAUCGACGACAAUCUGAAGCCGACAGUGGCCUGGCUCGAGGCUGUUGGGCUGAGCCGAGAGCAGGUCGCCAAAGUCGUUGUUGGCAGCCCUCAAGUCUUGGGCUGCAGCAUCGAAGGUAAUCUGAAACUGACAGUGGCCUGGCUCCAGGAUGUUGGGCUGAGCCGAGGACAGGUGGCCAAAGUCGUUGCUGUUUUUCCUCAAGUGUUGGGCUGUAGCAUCGGCGGCAAUCUGAAACCCACAGUGGCCUGGCUCGAGGAUGUUGGGCUGAGCCGGACACAGGUGGCCAAAGUCGUUGCUGGAUAUCCUCGUGUGUUGGGCUGUAGCGUCGACGGCAAUCUGAAGCCCACAGUGGCCUGGCUUGAGGAUGUUGGGCUGAGCCGAGAACAAGUGGCCAAAGUCGUUGCUGUCUUUCCUCAAGUGUUGGGCUGCAGCACUGAGGGUAAUCUGAAACCGACAGUGGCCUGGCUCGGGGAUGUUGGGCUGAGCCGGACACAAGUGGCCAAAGUCGUUGCUGUCUUUCCUCAAGUGUUGGGCUGCAGCACCGAGGGUAAUCUGAAACCGACAGUGGCCUGGCUCGAGGAUGUUGGGCUGAGCCGAGCACAAGUGGCAAAAGUCAUCUGUCAGAAGCCUCAAGUGCUUGGCUACAGCAUCGAGAAAAACCUCUCGCUGAAGGUUUCACUUCUGCAGCAGUUUUACUCGAAGGAGCAAAUUUGUUCCAUGAUUGUGUGCCAGCCAGCUAUGCUCGGUUACAGAUACGCUCGAAUGUUGAGUCGCCUGAAGGUUCUGCAGCAGCAUGGCUGCUUGUGCAAGCUUGCGCAGGUCAUAGCCUUGACCGAUGCGAAGUUUUACAGGCGAUUCCAAGCUUGA